AUGGAAGCAAAGCUUGCAGAUUUUGGGUUGCUGAGAAUGUUUAACAUUCAGGAAACAAAUGUCUUUACUGAUGUGAAGGGCACUCUGGGAUAUCUGGAUCCUGAAUACGUUAGUAAGGGAAGACUAACAUGCUCUAGUGAUAUUUACAGCUUUGGUAUAGUUUUACUCCAGCUUCUUUCCGGUAGAAGAGCAAUUGAUCUCGAUCAAUCUCAUCAAGAAUCUCUUAUUAAGAAGGCAAAGAAGGUUAUCCGGGCAAAUCCCAUCGAUCCUUCGAAAUAUGCAGAUCCAAGGUUGAAUGGGGAAUAUAGCAGGGAAGCAUUUAUAAUUCUACUGAAGUUGGCUGUUGUUUGCACAGCUUCCUCAUAUCAAGGACGUCCAAGAGUUUCGGAUGUGUAUGAAGAGAUAGAGAAGGCUUUAAAGCUUUUUACUUCCAUAGCCUAG